AGAGGAAGUGAGAGGAAUUGCACGAGUAUGACUUCGCGACUGUCGCGUGCUUAGACCACGUGUUUCACUCGAGGUUUAGCCUGGCUCGACGCGUUCAAGGUCUUCCCGCGAAGCGGAAUCGCAAUGGAAGGGAGAAUGGCAAUGAUCCAGAAGAGUGCUCGCAUAUUCACUGCUAAAUAUAUGAAUGCGUUGGCUCUAUGCUGAGCCUAUAUUUUCAUGCCUCAUUUUAAUUACCAUGAUCAGUGGCAGCGUGAUAACAGCAACUACUUUCCGUUCUCCUUUUUUUGCAAACUCACGUUGCGUGAUAAUAAUACUUCCAAUAUUCACGAGGUUUUAAUGAUGAUUUUACACUCACAUCUUUGUAUUCGAUCUACGAAUAUAUUUACACACGCAUCUCUGUCUUGGACCUAGAAACUCGUAAUUUUUGAGUCAUCGGUGUUCCCCAACUUUUUGACUUUCCGCGUUUUACGUUUACAUGACGUUUAUGCGUGCACGUGAGCCAGAACGCUACCAGGAAGGCGAUCUCGAUGUACGUACGGAUCUUAAUGCCGAUAAAAUUCCCGAAGUCAUCGCUAUUUUCUUCCUCCCGUAAUCUUCGUUGUGUUCUCAGAGACUUCAGAAAUUCUUCAUUCCUCUUUCGCAGAAUGUUUCAAUUAUGUCAUUUAUCAUCCGUUUACGAAGUGACAUGAGACAAUCAAAGAAAGAUGUAAGAUAAUGUAAGGAGCAUAUUAUGUGCAUUGGUAGUUUCCGCAACCCACUUUCUUAAGUCUGGAAAACAAACGAACAUAGAACAGAUAAUAGAAAAUGAAUGUAGUAAAUGGAUGCUUCAUUGCAAAUCGGAAGAGUUACAACAAAUUAGAUGACAUAUUCAUCUGAGUCAGAGUUUCUGUGCAUUUGGGGAUUCACUGGAUCCAUCUGUGCACAAUCAAAACCUUAGAAUUAUUAUGCAUAUAUUUAGUCUUGCAAUUUCGAAAUUAAAUUUAGAUCACUUUUCGUAAGUUUUCAAGUGUUGAUUCGACAGUAUACAUCCUUUUGAGAAGGUCAUAUUGUUUAAGAAUUCGAAAAGCUGGGUAAAUUAUUGUGGCAAUUGAUUUAAAAACAACUAUACGUAUAAAAAACGGUCUGCUUAAUUAUUAAUCAUUACUAAUAUAUCCAAUAUUAGUCAAUAUAGGUCAGUAUAGGCACAAGGAUUCGAUGCAAUAAAUUAUAUAGCACGCUUACUAUCGAAUUAUCAUGUCGCCAAGGAAACUAACGUCAGGAGUGGGAACAAGGUUCCUGAUAUUAGGACAUUCCGAUAGUGGCGUUCAGGUAUUUUCCAAAUAACACCCGAAAAAGUAGAAUAGUAAGUGGCAGUGAUUUUUAUUUGAGCAUCUCUUUGAGCUUUCCUCGUGCGCGCAGCUCGUCGCCAUCUCUAUUGAUCGUUUAUUAUUAAUCACGCUUCUGUCAUGCAAGUUGUUGAUAACAAGACAGAAAAGAGGGUCACUUGGUUGGAACAUGGAAUUGUGCGAAUGUUGCACUAACUGUCCGGAUAAAUCGAUCACCCGAAAGGGCAAUGAACCAGUCGGAUGUUGCCGAUCUAAGCCAAUCUUGAAGAAGCCAAAGAUGUCCUCCACAAGGAAACACGCUCCUGGAUGUCCCAAGUUUCGGAGGACUUCUGAAGUAGAAAGGCAGAUCGAAAUCGCUACUUGUUACGACAAAUUCGCUUUGGCAAAGAAAUUACAUGCGGAAAACUUACAACACCAGCCGCUUCCGGACCGGGUGGAUGACUCUGUAUUCAAGAAAGGAUACCGUGUCUGUUCGGCAAGCUGCGAGCGAAUGCGUCAAAAUCGAGUAAAUGUGAAAAGGACAGAGACUCCUUUUUUUGCGCCCGUACUCGGUUGCAAAGAUCCAAAGACCCGGAUGGAUCUCGCAAUUUGUUGGGAGACGCCAGUUGACCCGGUGUACGAGCCGCGAAGAUCUACGCACAUUGAUGGCUCCGAAGGUGGUUCGGCACCGGCGAUUUUCGCUAUGAUCGAGCACACGCCGGUACCGAAGAAUCAUGAACUCUUAGCAAUCCGGAAUACCGAAGAAAAUAAGUGCACUUGCGCGCGACGAGAGGAAGAUUCCAGGAGAAAUCCGUGUUGCUGCGAUUGCCUCCGCGACGAACUUCGAGGCGGAUUAUCACAAAGUGGGAAAUUAUCGAGAUCGGUAUCCGUGCCGCGCGUCACCGAGCGCAGAUGCGCUGCCUGCGGUGGCAGCGAAUCGAAAGCGACACUCGAGCGAAAGGGGAAAAAAGAUCCGCGACUGAUCAGAUCCGCAGUGGGUGUUGCGUUGGGUCUUGAGCACAGAAGUCGAACGGGUGACGACGAAGAGCCGUGCAGGAACGAACACUCACCGACGAGGAUGACGGUGCCGCGACCGAGAACUCCAUUCGCCAGGCGAACAUUCUGCAUCGACACUUUGGCACCGCCGUUCAGCAUUAUAGAUGGUUACCGAGAUACUGAUUAUCCCGAACAUUGGCGGCUUAUGACUGUGUACCAGCAGUCCUAUAAGUAUCCGCAACAACGCAGGACUCGCCACUUCUGAUUCCACAAGAUAAGAAUUAUUGAUUAAGUCACGUUUGACGAUUCGAAUCGAUGAAUGAAUUUGAUAAGUCGAAUUCGAUAAUUAGAACAAAGUUGAUUGAUUUUGAUUUAGAUUGAAUGAAUAAAUUUUAUGAAUCGAAUUUAUUGAAUAAGCUAUAAAAACAAAUGACGAGAUCUUUAUAUCAAAAUGAAAAUCAUUGUUAAUUGUUGCUUUGUUACAGUAGCAAGUUAAUAGUUUGAUAAUCUUGUUGGACAGACUGGUCCGAUUAUUAAAUAAGUAACUGAAACGCACAUAUGUAUAAUGAGUCUUUAAACUGCAUAGCAUAAGAAUAUGUUAUUGUUAUAUGUUGAGAUAUAAAUAAAGUAACUGAAG